AUGGCCACCUUCGUAGCGUACUCUCAGUACGCGUACGCAUGCCCGGCCGCGGCGCCGGCGCCCCUGGUGCUGCCCGCACCCGCUGUGGCGCCGGCGAACCCCUGCGCCGUGCCACCGGCCCUAGCGGCCCUCGCACCCGCUCUCCCCGUCCUAGCACCCGCCCUGGCUAACACUAUCUCAGCGUCCAUAUCUGCUUCGUUGCCUCCCCUACUAGAUGCGGCUCUGCCUACAGUGUUGACUUCUGUGUUGUCGGCUGCUGGGCCGCUUUUGGAGGCUGCUUUGCCUCCGGGCUGCGGCUGUGGCGCACCUUUGGCUUUGCCCGCCCCUGCUGCAUACGCCUUGCCGGCCCCUGCUCCUUGCGCCUUGCCCGCCCCUGCACCGUACGCGCUACCUGCCCCGUACGCGCUCCCUGCACCGUGCGCGGCCCCGACCGUCGCGUACGCAGCCCCACUGGCGCCCCCUCCGAUGUACGCAGCUCCAGCCUGCGCGCCUACCGCUUGCUUGUGCUACUAAAGUUGAUGUGAAGUUUUAAUAAAAUUGCGUUCCAUUA